GUGUUCAAAUUGCAGAAGCGAGCUCUUGAGGGUAUCCCACAUAUUGCGUUCACCCUUGUAUGUGGUGCAAAGCUGAAAUCUGCUCUAUGGCGAAUUGGUGCCAAUGUGAAGUUUGUGAUUCGAAAGAAAGAUGGUGACCGAUUUGUUGAACGUAAUUAUCCAAGUAAUGAAUUCACCUUUGCCGCAAAAACGUUGGCCGAUAUGGUCCCAUGGGAAGAGAUCGACACAACCCUCGGUUGUUCCGUCAGCGAUCCCAAGACGCCAAUUGCUUUCACCAUUGAACUCCAUAUCGACAUUGUGAAGAGCUAUGGAUUCAGGCGUCGAGCUCGAUUCGAAUAUUCAUUCUUCGAGCCAUCUAUCGAAACUGACAUGGUCCUGAUAAUAGAGAACAAGGAGAUCUACGUGAAUGCAACGUACCUCUCAAUGCUGUCGCCAUUUUUCCGCUCACUCCAGACUUCAUCAAAUGUCGCACUCUAUGGGGAAAUCCCGACGGAAGUCAUCCCAGAUGUGUCGGCAGAAGACUUCCUGGAACUUUUGAGUGUUGUCUAUCCAUCUCAGAAACCAGUAACAGUUGAAAACGUGGAGAUGCUCCUGAGAUUGGGCGAUCGGUACAGCUUCGAAUGCGUUCUGGUGAAAUGCGAGAAUUUCUUGAUCACUAAUAAGGCCGACGAAAUUGACGUCUUCACGCGCCUCGAAUGGGCUAGUAAAUACGCCAUGGCUGAUCUCCAGGUGGGAACUACUUCUUACAUUCCCUGUUGUGAAAAUAAAGAGUCUUUUGACGUUCAGUUUCAAUUUCGGUUUAUGCCAUGCAAUCGAUUCUCAUGUAAAACAGUACAAGUUUUAGAAAACAUUUUUAAUUAUACAGUGGUUAGCGAAGACAAAUCGAGACCCAAGGCGCUAUCCAUUGUUGCCAUAAACUAA